CCUCCGCCUCUCCAUCCUUUAUUUCGCGGAUCCAUCCAGUUUCGAGGAGUGUGGAGGCAGGAAGAAGCUAGCUAUCUAGCUUGAUUAAUUAGUAGGAUUCGUGAAGGGUUUUAAUCUUUUGGUAGCUAGGUUGAUUAUCAGGGGUGUGGUUGAAGAUGUUGGCGGUGUUCAGCGGCGAGGUGGUGGAGGUGCCGGCGGAGCUGGUGGCGGCAGGAAGCCGGACGCCGUCGCCCAAGACGAGGGCGUCGGAGCUGGUGACCCGCUUCCUGGGGAGCUCGGAGCCGGCCGUGUCCGUGCAGCUCGCCGGCCUCGGCCACCUCGCCUACUGCCACACCAACCAGGCCCUCCUCCGCCCAAGGUCGUUCGCGGCGAAGGACGAGAUCUUCUGCCUGUUCGAGGGUGUGCUGGACAACCUGGGGCGGCUGAGCCAGCAGUAUGGGCUGUCCAAGGGCACCAACGAGGUGGUCCUCGUCAUCGAGGCCUACAAGACGCUGCGGGAUCGGGCGCCAUACCCGGCCAGCUUCAUGCUCUCGCAGCUCACCGGCAGCUACGCCUUCGUGCUCUUCGACAAGUCCACCAACUCCCUGCUCGUCGCAUCUGAUCCCGAGGGCAAGGUGCCGCUCUUCUGGGGGAUCACCGCCGAUGGCUGCGUCGCCUUCUCUAACGACAUUGACAUGCUCAAAGGAUCCUGUGGCAAGUCACUUGCACCUUUCCCGCAAGGUUGCUUCUACUCUAACGCUCUUGGAGGCUUGAAGUGCUACGAGAACCCCAAGAACAAGGUGACUGCUGUCCCUGCAAACGAAGAAGAAAUCUGCGGUGCAACUUUCAAGGUGGAGGGUUCCACAGCCCUCACAUCGUUGGGAGGAGACCUUCGCGUCUGAGAGGGCGUGGACGGGAGUGAGAGCGAGGACCAUGCAAGCAAAAAACCGUGUACAUGGUGGUGUAACAUAGUGGCAAGGCGUGCAGCUGAUCUAUCCGUCUCAUCAUCUUCCAUGAAAAAAGAGGAGUAAAGAAGUGCUGCUGCCAGCAGCGUGAUGGGCAACAAGAACUUGGUCAGUGUUGUUGGUCGUGUGUGUUGUGUAUGUGCUGUGCAUGUGUGUGUACCCCUAGCAGCAGCUGUUCAGAGCCUACAAUCCUACAUGGAAGAAUUGAAGUUGCAUUGAGAGUCAAGACCAGGUGCUAAGUCGAUCCAGUUGCAUGUGUUCCUCAAAAAAAAAAAAAAGUCGAUCCAGUUGCAUGCAUGCGUGGAUGGAGUUCUGUAAUCGACCACCUGUGUAGCAAAUAAUCAAAGCUUUACUUGCUUUGUUCGUUGC